GACAGAUGAAUCUAUCACUUUGUUGACAUAUGAUACAUUAAAGAAGUAAACAUUAUCAAAACUUUUUAAAUCUUAAUAUAAAUAUAAUUUUAAAAAAUAUUGUUGUCAUAUUAAUGAUAAUAUAAUUAAAAAAAAUGCCUACUGUCAUACUAUUGGACGUAUCUCUUUCUAUGACGAGACCUGUACAAGUCGGCGAAGGAUUUGAAACUAUUACAAGAAAACAAUUAGCAGAACUCGGAAUUAAUGCUUUUCUAGAUCACCUUAGUAUCCAUUCAAAACUAGAGUUUAUAUCACUGAUGGCCUUUUCGUCACUAUACGAAGAAAGAUGUCCGUUUACUAGAGAUUACAACGCCAUUAAGGCGGAAUUGAAAAAUAUAGAAGAUUACGAUAAGACUUGCAUAGAAACUGCCCUGCACGGUGUAAAUCAGAUGGUUUUAGGGGAAUGGGGUAACAACACCGCCUGUCAGAUAUUAUUGGUGACCGAUGGUCAUACCGGUAUAGGACCGAAUUCGUUAAAAGAAUCGAUCGCUUCUUUAAAUCAAAGGAAUAAUCAGUUACCAUACCCCGUACCUUUCACUUUCCCCGGUAAACUUCAUAUAGUUUGUCUUGCGUCUCCGAACGAUUUAAAUUUCAUAAAAUCUAAAGCUCUGUUUCAAAGAUUAAUCGAUUUAACUGGAUACGACGGUUCCAUAUUACUACCGGAAAACCUCAACGAAUCCAGUGUCACCACUCUAUUCCAAAAACUCGCCGAGGAUAUGUACACGAAUUUCAAAGGUACCCUAAAAUGCGGAAAUUUGGAUUCUAAAGUCGUUUUAUCCCCCGCGCCAGUGGCGUAUACUAAACUUACAGAUUUCGAAUGUCAAACUUACAAUAUGUCGGAUCUUAUAGAAGUUUGCGGUUUUAUAUCGGUAUCGGAUGUGGGAUCGCCGAUGGCGAUAAGUCGCCAUUUAAUCCUGCCCGAUAAUUCGUUAACUAAACCGGAAAUAAGCUCUAAAAACGAUACGGAUAGUAACGAAGAAGAAACCACCGACGAAUCCCGAGUACCUUCGUUUUGCGUACUGCUCCACGGGGCUCUAAGAGUAGAAAAUAUGGCCGCCCUCGUUAGUAUAGGUGACAAUUGGUACGGUUUCGUGUAUUCUUGGGCCGAUUCGAAGAAGAAAUCGAAUCUAAUGUUGACGAUUUUGACUCCGGGCUCCGACGUGAUCCCUUGGUUGGGCGAUUUGAAUUAUUUGGGUUCCGCCGAAUCGUUUACGCCGGAUCAGAUCGGAAGUUUUCCCGUUAAACCCGUUGAGAAAAGGAGUUAUUCUCAAAAUGGCGUCGUAUGGAUACGUCAGGCCGGAUUGCAAUCGGAUAUACAAAAGAUAUUGAGGCACGCGCGGAAAUUACCGGAAAAAACUCAACAAUUCUACAAGGAGUUGAAUAGGUUGAGGAAAGCGGCGAUUUCUUUGGGAUUUUUGGAUUUAUUGAACGGUCUCGCUUAUAUUUUCGAUCAGGAGUGUAUACAAUUGCCGUCUAGUGCGCAUCCCGAUUGCGCAUUGCAGUUACAACACGCCGCCGAUGUUUUAAGGAAAACGCAAAAUCGCGACAUUAAAUAUCUUGUUAUGCCUUUACAAACUAAUUACAGUAGCGCUUGAAUCUUUUUUUUUUUUUUUUGGAAAUUAAAAACAAUUUUUAUCGAAUAACAA